CAGGCAGAAACAUCGAGAAACGGCCAAGAGUAUAUAACCGGCCGGCGUUCGCGUCUUCGGCAAGCAUUUGUACACAAGACUUCAGAACGUUCACUUCGCAAGCGAAAACUCUCAAUUCACAAAACUAUCCAAAAAUGGCCUUAAUUCCAACGAUGUUCCGCGACUGGUGGGACGACUUCGAGCGUCCAUCCCGCCUGUUCGACCAGAACUUCGGACUCGGCCUCAGACGCGACGAUCUGCUCAACAGCCUCGCAGUGCCAUCGUUCCGAGGCUACUAUCGGCCGUGGCGCAACCUCCUCGAGCAGUCGAGCGGCACCUCCAAGAUCCAUCACGACAAGGACAAGUUCCAGGUGAUCAUCGACGUGCAGCAGUUCGCGCCCGACGAGAUCACCGUGAAAACCGUCGACAACAGCAUCGUCGUCGAGGCCAAGCACGAGGAGAAGAAAGACGAGCACGGCUACAUAUCGCGACAGUUCGUGCGCAGAUACGUCCUGCCCGAGGGCCACGACAUCGGCAACGUCCAGAGCAGUCUGUCCUCGGACGGCGUGCUGACCAUCACGGCGCCGACCCUGGCGUUGCCCGCGCCCGGCGAGAAGAUCAUUCCCAUCCAACACACAUCCGCACCAGCCGUCGCCCAGAAGUAGAGAUCAUGUAGUCCUCGUCGAUCCAUCGUUCAACAGUUUCUUUGAAUAACGUAUUAAUCAUCGUUUCCUAAUUUUGUGUUAUAUAUAUUUUCAACGUGAAUGUUGCAUUUGCGCGUAAAAAUUAUUAGUUCUUUUUUAAAUUUGUCACCGAUUUUCUGUGUAUUAGCGUUGUUUAACUAACGGACUGUUGAACAGCCUCGAGAUUUAAUUUCGUAUUCCGAUGUAUUGUAUAAAAAGUUUUUAUUUUUUUCUAAGCUCAGAGCCGUGAUAAUUAAUUAACUUAUUAUACAUACAGUUAUAUACACAGCGAACGACAUUUGUACAGUUAAAUAAUGAUAUUUGUAAAACUCGCUAUAUAGUUUAUAAGUUUCACCACGAAUCAUUGUCAAAAUGAUAUAAUUGAAUAAACAUUGAACUUCAUUUCGUUCCUAAUGAAAAAAAA